CCCUCCCUCCCGGCUCCGCCAACACGUGCGAAACAUCCACCCAAAUAUUCACCCACCCAUGGCCCACCCGCUCCCACUGAAAAUGGAAGAGUUCUUUCGGGUACUCAUUUUCUAUUUCAAUCAUUCCUCGGCAGUACCAAGGCCAGAACAUGACCACUUGCUCACGUACGCAUCCAAAGAUCUUCACACCUCGGCCAGUCCCCCGCUCGAACGAGGACCAGCUCAGCCCCUGGGUCUGCUGUCCAUCCUAGAGGAGGAGUCCAUGUUCCCUAAGGCCACAGACAAGUCCUUCGAGGAGAAGCUCAAAGCCAAUCACCUUGGCAAGUCUGCAGUGUUCAUCAAGCCCAAGCCUCCCAAGCCGGGACAAAAGGAGGCCCACUUCGCCAUCGUGCACUACGCCGGCACCGUGCCUUACAACCUGUCUGGCUGGCUGGAGAAGAACAAGGACCCCCUCAACGACACUGUGGUGGAUCUCAUCAAGAAAGCUUCCAAUAUGCUGAUUGUGGAUAUCUUCGCCGACCAUCCUGGACAGUCCGGCGGGCAAGACCAGGGAAAAGGUGGUCGUGGUCAGAAGUCCGGUGCCUUCAAGACUGUCUCUUCUGCUUAUAAGGAGCAGCUCGCCAACUUAAUGAAGACCUUGAACGCCACUCACCCUCACUUCAUCCGCUGCAUUGUGCCCAACGAGACCAAGUCCCCAGGUGUGUGUGACGCAGGCCUCAUCAUGCACCAGCUGACCUGUAACGGUGUGCUGGAAGGCAUCCGUAUCUGUCGCAAGGGCUUCCCCAACCGCCUCUACUAUCCUGACUUCAGGCACAGGUACAUGAUCCUCGCCUCCAAGCCCAUGACGCAAGCCGGGGAGGACAAGGCUGCCACUAAGGUGUGUCUGGAGAUCAUCAAUCUGGACGCGGAGAAGUUCCGAAUUGGGCACACCAAGGUAUUCUUCCGUGCCGGCGUGUUGGGCAGCCUGGAGGAGUUGCGUGACGACCGUGUGGGCAUGAUCCUGUCUUGGCUCCAGGCUUGGAUUCGAGGCUACACAUCACGCAUUGCGUUCAAGAAGCUACAAGAGCAACGCAUCGCUCUCAUUGUAGUGCAGCGGAACGUCAGGAAGUUCAUGAAGCUCCGCAAUUGGGCUUGGUAUCGCGUUUGGCAGAAGGUUAAGCCUCUUCUCAACGUCACCAGAGUCGAGGACCAAAUCCAAGCACUCGAGGAAAAGGCUGCUAAAGCUCUUGAAGAACUUGAGAAAGAGAGUAAGCUUCGCAAAGAAUACGAAUCCGCUAACAUGACUUUACUAGAAGAAAAGAACAACUUGCUUUUAUCUCUGGAGUCUUCAAAGGGGAACAUGUCUGAAUUUCUGGAGAAGCAGGCGAAGCUGCAGAGUCAGAAAGCUGAACUCGAGGCUCAGCUAAAUGAAACCUGUACCCGACUCCAGCAAGAAGAAGAAUCUCGUAAUCAACUCUUCCAGGGCAAGAGGAAGAUCGAGCAGGAAGUCAGCAACCUUAAAAAAGACAUAGAAGACUUGGAAUUGACCAUCCAAAAGGCUGAGCAGGAUAAAGCCACGAAGGAUCACCAGAUACGUAACCUGAAUGAUGAAAUCGCGCACCAAGAUGAACUUAUUAACAAGGUUAAUAAAGAAAAGAAACAUCUACAGGAAAGCAAUCAAAAGACCGGUGAGGACCUGCAGGGCAUCGAGGACAAGUGUAAUCACUUGAGUAAGGUGAAGGUAAAGCUGGAGCAGACCCUGGACGAGCUGGAGGAUUCCCUAGAACGAGAAAAGAAGUUCCGUUCUGAUAUAGAAAAGGCAAAGCGGAAGGUGGAGGGUGACUUAAAAUUGACCCAGGAGUCCAUUGCUGACAUGGAGCGCAGUCAUAAGGAACUGGAACAAACAAUUCAGCGUAAAGACAAGGAGUUGACCUCCCUGUCUAAUAAGCUGGAAGAAGAGCAGAAUGCACUAGCUAAGGUUCAUAGGCAGAUAAAGGAUCAGCAAUCUCGUAUUGAGGAACUCGAGACAGAGGUUGAACACGAGCGGCAAGCCAGAGCGAAGGCCGAGAAGAACAAGAGCAAGUUGGGGCGAGAACUGGAAGAGCUGGGAGAUCGCUUGGACGAGGCUGGAGGAGCCACUGCUGCCCAGAUUGAACUCAACAAGAAGCGAGAGAGUGAGCUGGCCAAGCUUCGCCGUGAUCUCGAGGAAGCGAACAUCCAGCACGAAGCAGCAAUGGCCAGCCUUAAAAGAAAGAACAACGAGACAGUGGGGGAAAUGUCGGAGCAAAUCGAUCAUCUAAGCAAGAUGAAGGCAAGAAUUGAGAAGGACAAGGAGUCCCUCAAGCGCGAGGCGGAUGAGGCCAAGGCGGCAAUGGACAGCCUGGCGCGCGAGAAGGCUGCAGGGGACAAAGUAAACAAACAAAUUACUCUUCAAAUGAAUGAAGUCCAGGCGAAGCUGGAUGAGGCAAACAGAACCUUACAUGAUUUCGACGCUGCCAAGAAGAAGUUGGCGGUAGAAAAUGCUGACCUCCUGAGGCAGCUGGAGGAGGCAGAGAACCAGAUCGGCCAUCUAUCCAAAGUGAAACUCUCUCUUACCAACCAACUGGAAGACUCCCGCAAACUGGCCGACGAGGAGUGCAGGGAAAGAGCAACAAUCCUUGGAAAGUUCCGCAACAUUGAACAUGACAUCGACGGUCUGAGGGAGCAACUGGAUGAAGAAAGCGAGGCUAAGGCUGACGUGCUGCGACAACUAUCAAAAGCUAACGCCGAUUCUCAGAUGUGGCGCGCCAAGUAUGAGAGCGAGGGCGUGGCCCGCUCCGAGGAACUCGAGAACGCCCGUAUGAAGCUCGCCGCUCGCUUGGAAGAAGCAGAGCAGCAAAUUGAGCAGCUCAAUGUUAAGAAUCUCCAACUGGAGAAAACCAAGCAGCGCAUCACAACUGAACUUGAGGAAUUGCAGAUCCAGACAGAGCGUGCCCAAACCCUAGCCAGCACUGCCGAGAAGAAACAAAAGAACUUUGAGAGAAUUAUCAGUGAAUGGAAGAUGAAGGUCGAUGAUCUGGCUGCUGAACUUGAUGCUUCGCAGAAGGAAUGCCGUAACUAUUCUACCGAGCUCUUCCGUGUCAAGGCUGCCUAUGAGGAGAACCUGGAACAGCUAGAUGGUGUGCGACGUGAGAACAAGAAUCUUGCUGAUGAGAUUAAGGAUUUAAUGGAUCAAAUUGGAGAAGGAGGCCGAUCCUUGCACGAAAUUCAGAAGAACGCCAAACGUGUCGAGAUAGAGAAGGAGGAGCUGCAAGCUGCCUUGGAAGAGGCCGAGGCCGCCCUGGAGCAGGAGGAGAACAAGGUUCUCCGUGGCCAGCUGGAGCUCAGCCAGGUCAGGCAGGAGAUCGACCGCCGCAUCCAGGAGAAGGAAGAAGAGUUCGAGAACACUCGGUUAGUCACAUAUACUUACAAUAUAAGACAUUAUUCCUGUAGUGGGGUGGAAGGUGGGAUGAGGGAGUAGGUCACAUAGA